CCUGAGAGUUCUAACUGCUUUCAGAUUCGUCAGUCUCUGCAACUUCUGGUCUUCUUCUGUUAAGAUUUUCUGAUUUCUAGUUCUUCACCGUUCCUCAGCCAUGCGCAAGCUGUCGGUAAAGAUAGCGGAAGCACCAGUAAAACCUCCGCUAAAGAUGGAGGAGGGAGGAUUGGUAGUGCGGGAGUAUGAGGAGAAGAAAGAUAGGGUGGCGGUGGAGGAGAUGGAGCAGCGGUGCGACGUCGGGCCCAGAGGGAAGGCUUCGCUCUUCACCGACGACAUGGGCGACCCCAUUUGCCGAAUCCGCCACUCCCCCUCUUAUCUCAUGCUGGUUGCAGAGUAUGGAGAAGGAAGAGAGAUUGUUGGAGUGAUAAGGGGUUGUAUAAAGACUGUAACGAGAGGGAAGCAACCCACCAGUGAUUUCAGUAUUUACGUGAAGGUUGCUUACAUUCUUGGACUUCGGGUAUCUCCAACUCACAGGCGGUUAGGAAUCGGGACGAAGCUAGUGGAGAAGAUGGAGGAGUGGUCCAGGGAGGAGGGUGCGGAGUACGCGUACAUGGCCACAGACUGUGACAACGAGGCAUCCAUCAACCUGUUCACACUAAAAUGCGCCUACGUCAAGUUCCGCACUCCUACUGUCCUGGUCCAACCCGUGCACGCCCACUACAAGCCUUUGGGGUCGGGCGUGGCAGUGGUUCAGCUGUCAGCACAACUGGCCGAGUUCGUCUACCGCCGAGUCUUCGCCAACUCGGAGUUCUUCCCCAAGGACAUAGAUGUAAUUCUGUCCAACAAACUCAACCUGGGCACGUUCAUGGCCCUACCCAAGAAGGCCCUGGCCAAGUGGGACCCACAGACCGGCCACCUCCCGCCGUCGUAUGCUAUCUUGAGCGUGUGGAACACAAAAGAGGUUUUCAAGCUUCAAAUGAAGGGGGUAUCCUCGAUAACGUACGCCUGCUGCAUAGGGAGCCGGUUACUGGACGUGUGGAUGCCGUGGCUAAGGAUACCCUCCAUUCCAGACGUGUUCCGGCCGUUCGGAGUGUAUUUCCUAUACGGUCUCCACAUGGAAGGAAAGGGUGCGUCGCGUCUCAUGAAAGGUCUAUGCACCUUCGCACACAACAUGGGGAGAGAUGACCCUGGAUGUGGGGCCGUGGUUGCCGAGGUGGGCCGGCGGGAUCCAGUUAGAGAGGGAAUCCCGCAUUGGAGAAGAUUUUCAUGGGCGGAGGACUUGUGGUGUAUAAAGAAGCUAACAACCGCGAAGCACGAUAUAGAGGAGGAGGAGGAGGAGGGGACCCUUGAUUGGAUUAGAUCUCCGCCGCCGUCGCCUGUCGUUUUCGUUGACCCUCGUGAAUUUUGACUUUUGGGGCCAUGUACCGAUGCCUCACGCAAACAAAAUGUUCAUAACUUGUAGUUCGUAUGGUAGGAAUGUGAAACCGUUUUUUGUCCAUUGUAACAAAAUCUGAUCGUUGGAUGGAUUGAUUAAAUGUAAUGAAACUGAUGAAUCGUGCGGCUUUGGUUAAAAGGGCCCACUAAUUGGACAUGUGGAUAAGCUCUAGACUAAUAGACUAUUGAUUAAUGCA